CUGACGGUCCUUGUCUAGCCCGUAGCUUCGUAUUGGAACUUGUCGUAGAAAGGGGAUCGGAUGGUCAUCGUUGUCUCCGACAGUCGAACCUCUACGGCGUGCCCAAGAGUUACUCAUUCAGAGAUAAAAACACAUCGCUUUGCUAGUUAUAAACGUCGACCAGAUUUCACCGAGUCGGUGAAUAUCUCAAUCAUGUCAGAAGGAAUCUACCGCCGUCGUCUCAAGUACCCGUAAAAUAACAUUAUUUUUGCGAGGACCGCGACAAACAUUACCAAGAAAGUAAAGGCCCUCGAGAAAUCACGACUGUCAGUAGCAUUGGAGAAAGGUGUCCCAUUGUUUUUGAUCUGUUUUUAUACGAACUUUGGUUCUUUUGUUCGAUGCUCUUCUCUCUCCUACCAUAUAUGGGAAAAAAGCAUCGAUGAAAUUUGAGAUAGGUUCAUAACCUAACAUAAGCAAACAUUCCUCGGGCGAACUUUUGCUACAGCAACUAUAUUGCAAUAACACAAACUCUUCAUCCUGCUGUCAAUGAGCAGAUUGUGGACUAUAAAUUGUGAAGCUGAUUCAACGGCAAGAAAUUAGUGUGUUGUAUACACGUCUAAGUAUACAACAAAAAUAAGUUGAGCAUGAUGAAGAGUGCUUUACCAAAAAAAGAAAGCAAAAUGCGUAUAAGAGCAUUUCCAACAUCUAUGGACGAAAGAUAUGUUGAAAAUAUAUGGGCUCUUUUAAAAAAUGCUAUUCAAGAAAUUCAAAAAAAAAACAAUUCAAGUCUCAGUUUUGAGGAACUUUAUCGAAAUGCAUAUACUAUGGUUCUUCAUAAGUAUGGCGAACGGCUCUAUACAGGACUGAAAGAAGUAAUUACACAACAUCUUGUGAACAAAGUACGCAAAGAUGUGCUUGACUCUUUACACAAUAAUUUUCUACAAACACUAAAUCAAGCAUGGAAUGAUCAUCAGACAUCCAUGGUUAUGAUACGUGAUAUUCUUAUGUACAUGGACAGAGUUUAUGUACAGCAAAACAAUGUGGAUAAUGUAUUCAAUUUAGGACUGAUUAUAUUUCGUGAUCAAGUUGUCAGGUAUGGAUGUAUAAGAGAUCAUUUACGCGAAACUUUAUUAGGGAUGGUUGCAAGAGAAAGAAAGGGCGAAAUUGUAGAUCGUAUCGCAAUAAAAAAUGCUUGCCAAAUGUUAAUGUUAUUAGGUAUUAAUAACCGUCAAGUAUAUGAAGAAGAUUUUGAACGACCAUUUUUACAACAAAGUGUAGAAUUUUACAAAAUGGAAUCACAAAAGUUUUUAGCAGAAAAUAGCGCAUCCGUGUAUAUAAAACAAGUCGAAAUACGUAUUAUCGAAGAGUCAGAAAGAGCUAAACACUACUUAGACGAAUCUACAGAGCCACGAAUAGUUGAAGUAGUGGAGGAAGAACUUAUCAAAAAGAAUAUGAAAACUAUUGUUGAAAUGGAAAAUAGUGGUGUUGUUCACAUGCUUAGAAACUUGAAGACUGAAGAUCUUGGUUGCAUGUAUAAAUUAUUCUCUCGUGUUACUGACGGCCUGAACACAGUUUGUAGUUGUGUAUCACAGUAUUUGAAAGAAAAAGGAAAAAAGUUAGUUCAGGAAGAACAGGAUUCGGGUGCUAAUGCUGUUCUAUUUGUGCAAAACCUGCUAGAUUUGAAGGAUAGAUUUGAGGGUUUUCUACAUUAUUCGUUUAGUAAUGACAAGCAUUUCAAACAAAUGAUUGCCUCUGAUUUUGAAUACUUUUUAAAUCUAAAUCAAAAGAGUCCAGAGUAUCUUUCGUUAUUUAUUGAUGAUAAACUUAAAAAAGGCCUCAAGGGUGUAAAUGACAGAACAGGAAUUGAAGGUAUCUUGGAUAAACCAUGGUGUUUAUUUAGAUUUCUCCAAGAAAAAGAUGUUUUUGAAAGAUAUUACAAACAACAUUUGGCUAAACGGCUCUUAUUGAAUAAAUCCGUGUCUGAUGAUAGUGAAAAAAACAUGAUAUCCAAAUUAAAGACUGAGUGUGGCUGUCAAUUCACAUCAAAAUUGGAAGGCAUGUUCAAAGACAUUACUGUCAGUAAUACAAUAAUGGAAGAAUUCAAAGAACAUACAUUGGCUUGUGGAAUGACGUUAAGUGGCGUUGAUUUGAGUGUACGAGUUUUAACAACUGGAUUUUGGCCAACUCAAACAGCAACGCCCAAAUGCGAUAUGCCUUCUGCACCACGUGAUGCCUUUGAUGCCUUUCGUCGUUUUUACCUUGGUAAACACAGCGGUCGCCAAUUAACUCUGCAACCACAAUUAGGUUCAGCAGAUUUAAAUGCCAUUUUCUAUGGUCAACAUAAACAGGACGGUAGUUCAGAUGGCCCAUCGUCAUCGACUGGGAUGAGUUUAACUCGAAAGCAUAUUAUCCAAGUGUCUACCUACCAAAUGUGUAUUCUCAUGUUGUUCAAUAACCGUGAAAGGUUGACGUAUGAAGAGAUCCAAAAUGAAACUGAUAUCCCUGAAAGGGAUUUGAUUAGAGCAUUGCAGUCUUUGGAUGGCAAAGCAACACAAAGAGUAUUGUUAAAAAAUCCACGUACAAAAGAAAUUGAGCCGUCUAAUGUGUUUUGUGUUAAUGAGUUUACCAGCAAACUUCACAGAGUUAAGAUACAAACAGUAGCUGCGAAAGGAGAGUGCGAACAAAGAAAAGAAACGAGAAAUAAAGUUGACGAAGAUCGAAAGCACGAGAUAGAGGCUGCUAUCGUUCGUAUAAUGAAAGCACGAAAACGAAUGCCCCAUAACAUCCUUGUGACUGAAGUGACUGAUCUACGAGCUCGAUUUUUACCGUCGCCAGUUAUUAUUAAGAAACGUAUAGAAGGUCUAAUCGAAAGAGAGUAUCUAGCGCGUACACCUGAAGAUAGAAAAGUCUAUACGUACGUUGCAUAAAUCUUUAUGAAGAGGAUUUGUACAAACAUAAAUACUAUCGGGUUUUGGAUAUUAGUAACCCGCUUCUUCAUAAAACGUUACUAUAAGUUUUAAAAUAAAAAAACACACUGUCAGUAAAAUUGAAAACAAGAAUUGGAUUUGGGAUCAUUUCAACUUUAUGAAAUAAAAAUUUUCUAUAAUCCUCGUUUACCCUUAAGAUUAUUUGAGAUUGUAUAGUGCGUUAUUAUAACUAUAUGUAGAAUUAAGAUAAGGUUUUGAAAAAUGAUUAA